GCAAGAGGAGACCAUGGAGUUCCAGAGACAGCAGGACGAGUUUGCCGAGAUCGGAAUGAUCAUGAGGGCAAGGCUGGCAGCCAACAGAGGAGAAUGGAACUUGGUGAGAAGAGGACGAAACCUUCCGGCACCCUUGCAACGCCCAGAAGGUGAAGUUCCAGAGAAUGAGAGGCCAGAGGAGGAGAUGACAACCUCAGUUGAGCGAAGUCGACCUGAAGAGCCAAGUCCAGUAGCAGAGGAUGCAGAUGAGAGUGAGCCUGAUGAGGAGAUGUCAGAUGGAGGUGGAGAGACAGAGCUCCAACAACGAACGGCUGGGCACAUCAUCACGGACUGGGAUCCCAUGACCGGCACCUUGGCGGACUACCGGGUGCUACAAGCUGAAGAUGAAGCUUUCAGCGGUGAGGAGUACUUCAUGGGCAACCCGGUCAGCGGGUACCACAGGUACUAUAAGCCCACAGCCUCGGAGCGAGAGGACCCGAGUUUCGUGAACGAUGCUGCACCUCCUAGCUACAUGGAUGUGGAUGAACCUCAGCCGGUGGAGAACUACAAUGAGGCAGCUGAGGACCCGAACAACAGGUCGGCCUUUGAACCUCCGCCGGUCGAUGGUGACUGGUGGGACUUCGAGACCCUGUUCAAGUACAUGAAGACCUACACGCACAUGUGCUUCGACCACAUUGUCCAGUGGUCCCUGGACGAGAAGCACGACUACAGCUUGUUCUGCAAGAUUGUGAUCAUGGGAGAUUGGGCCGAAGACUUCGACAGGUUUUCGCGGCUCUACCUUGAGAGUUUGAGGUGA